AAAUAUAUAAUAACAAAUUCGUUACACCAUCUAGAAUUAUUGCUCUAUGACGAAAGUUAUUAAUUUUAUUGAUGUCGUAAAACUCAAAGAAAAUUUGUUAAGAGACCUGUCUAAUGUACAUCGUACAAUGCCACAAAGUUUUCAGUUUAGAUAAACCAUAGAACCGGCUAAACACUUAAGUCAUUAAUUAAGAAAACGUGUGUUUUAUUUAACAGGGUUAAAUACAAAGCCUAGAGGAAGUAUCACAGUGGAACUGCUACCGAAUUAACUUGAAAAUGGGAAAGCUACAUUGUAGUGGAAGACCUGUUGGAUAAACUGAAAACAAAGGAUACGUGGUAGGAAAAUAACAUCACACUAAAGUGCAGACCAGGAAGAUAAGCCCUUUUCGUAUCAGUGAACAGCUUAAUUUACAGCAGCGGCGCCAUCAUGUGGCAGCAGGACGUAGAAAUUAAUUGGCAAAAGCGAUGUCAUGACCUUGAGCGUUCGCUACAACGUUUUCGGGAACAGGCAACAAGGAUACGAGGACUGCUCAAGGAAAAGCUGGAAGAACUGGAACAUCGAGUAGAAGAUGCCGAGAAAAGAGCCAAAUUUUCCGAGGAAAAGGCGAAGCUUAUGGAAGAUCAACAUGCUACUUCAGAUGAAACCGAACAGCCACUGGAUCUUUCUAAGAUUCACUUGGAAUAUGAGGAAAAGAACGAAGUUAUAUCCAAGCUGGAGAAGCAGGUGGAAGAACAGAAAAAGUUUCGAGCAGAGGAUGCCAAACAAGUGGAAGCCAAGGCAGCAAAGAUCAAAGAAUGGGUCGCCAAUAAACUUAAAGAUCUGGAGCAACAGAACCAGCAUCUUAAGGAACAAAACGAAAAAUGUAAGGAACAACUGGAACUUCUUAAAACUCGCCUAGUCCAGUUAUCUCAUGUUAACCACCAAUCCACUAUGAGACAAAAGGAUCGAGGAAGCACAGAGAACUCCUACACAAGGAGCUAUGAAGGUGACAGAUUACCAGUCGAGACGAUAGAACCACCUUCUCCUAUGGGUAUAGAACUGCCCUCUGAUGUUUUUAGUUUAACUGAAGCAGACAUCAACUAUGCUACUAAUGCUGCGAUGAAUGUUUCUAUGAAGAAAUAUCAAGCCUGUUCCGCUCCUCCCAAGGUUGUUAUUGAAAGGAAAAAGUACGAGUUGGUUGGUAAGGGGGGCGUGUGUGUGGACGAUUUUCGCUCGGAGAUAAAUAAAUCUCCAAACUUUGAUUUCGAAUCAGAGCCCAUGAAGUUAGACACAGUCACGCCUCUACCCCCUCGUUCUCGAGCUAGGAACAUUGCUGUAGAAGACUUUGUUAAUUCGGCAAAUUAUACUUACGAAAAUAUAAGUGUAGAACAGAGAAAGGUACCAGGACCUCUUCCUAGACAGAGAGUGAUUACUAAACAUGCACAAGAAGGAAGAGGAUCAUCACAUUCCUCCUCCUCUCGUUCACAGUCCCCAGCCAGUCCUCAAGACCGCUAUCGACAUACGGCCACAGGAUCUACAGAUCCUGGAGCCAAUAGUAAGCUUCUAACUGGCAAGUCACCUAUUACAACUUAUGGCAGCCUGGAUCGUAAGUUAGGUAGCCGCAGAAAAUUCACUUUAACAGAAUUUCGGGGUAAUAAUGAACUGAGACGAACAGCUCGGACAGACGACGAACUACAUGAUUAUGCAGAGAUUUAUACACCUAGUAAUGACAUACAUUAUCCACCUCCUUUGGUGCAAUACGGGGAAGAGGAAGAAGAUGUAAGACCACCUACACCGCCUAUUCAUCGAUGUCCUUCGUGGGAGUCCAGGAUUUACGAAAUAGCGGUCAAUGGAAUUAACGUAUCAUCAGAUUCAGUUCUUGUUAGAGCGAAAUUAGAAUCUCCGAUCAACAACGGAAUGAACGCAGGUGAACCUUCACCAAGUAGCAGCUUUACAGAUCUCAAUAUUCCUGUUUAUGCAACAGUGAAGGGGCGAGCGUCACAAAUACGUCCAGUUCCGUUCAGCGAAGAAUCGUCAUAUUCGUCAGACAACGAGGAUGCGCGUGUCGUUAUGACAGUAACAUCCUCUCAUAAUAAUAGUGGUGAGACUGAGUCUAGCACCUCAACCAGUAGUCCUGGUAAAGGAGGAAAAGUAGUGAACAAUGUUCCUCCCGGCCGCCAAAAUUCUACAUCAUACUUAAAGCCUGUCGUCAGAGAAAUAUCUUCAGAGUCUGUGUUAUCGGAUGACUAUGCAAUUCCUCCAGACGCUAUCUCAUCAGAUGCCUUUAGUAUUGAUUCUGUGGAACCAAAUUCUGUUAAAAACCUACCUGUCACACAGAGCUACAAGAAGGAACGGACGAAAGAUUCUAUAGAGAAGAGUGGCUACUUAACAAAGUUAGGAGGGAAGUUCAAAACAUGGCGGAAACGUUGGUUUGUGUUGAAGAAUGGCGUCCUUAGCUACUAUAAGACACAGAAUGAUGUUAGCAGGAAACCUCAAGGCCAAAUAAAGUUAAAUGAACUUUGUCGAGUAAAUCGUGCAGAGGGUGCUGCUAAUUUUGAGUUGUGUACAGAUAAACGGACAUACUACAUGACCGCUGAAUCAGCUACAACGAUGGAGGAUUGGAUUAGAGUUUUGCAGAACGUUUUAAGAAGGCACGCCACACGACUCCUGUUGAGCAAAGAAGAAAACAAACCAACGAUAGAAGGAUGGUUAACAAAGGUGAAACAUGGCCAUUCUCGACGUUGCUGGUGUGUUCUAAUUGGCCGAAUGUUUCUGUAUUUCAAAACACCCAAAGAUACUACUCCGAUGGGUCAAAUUAACAUGAGGGAUUCUCGAGUAGAGGAAGUUCUCCACGUGUCCGACAGUGAUGAAGAGGAAGAGACGAUGAGUAGAUCAGAAUUCACCGUCGGUAUAUUCUCUAAUUACCAGGGACCAACCUACCUUUUGAUGACAAACAAGCAAGAAAUGGACGCCUGGCUAUAUCAUCUGACAGUAGUGUCCUCUGGCGAGAAUUUAGCAGGAACUCAAUACGAACAACUCAUAGCAAGGCUGAUGGAAGUUGAUGGAGAUGAAAAUAGUGUAAUUUGGAGGCACCCUUUGUUACUGUUCUCUAAAGAAAACAUAACGCAACCACUGACAACCUUACCGUCCGAACAACUUCAAGCCGAGGGGAUCAAGCUGUUUAAGUCCAUCCAGCUCUUUAUCUCCGUUUCUCUGGACACCUCGGGUAUCGAUUACCACGUGGCUCUUGCCCAGAAUGCCUUGCUACAGUGCCUCACUACCCCUGAGCUACAGAAUGAAUUUUUUUGCCAGCUGAUCAAACAGACGUCUCGCCACGCUUCCCACAAACUCGGAGUUCAACAACUCCUCCUUUGUGCUACUCAGUCACUCUUCCUGUGUGAUAGUUCCUCCACCGAGAGGACCUCACCGACAUCCAUCACCUCACCUGAUCGGCCUCACUCAGCCGAAAAUAAACUGAACCCUGCUCCGUUUGUGUUCGUCCAGGCGUGGCAGCUUUUAGCUUUGGCUAUUCCCCUAUUUGUCCCCAAGAACCGCACCCUCUGGUAUCUUCGUGCACACCUAGAGAGGAACGCUGAAACCUUUACUGAACCUGGAAGGUAUGCAGCGUUCUGCCAAAGAGCACUUGAGAGGGCGCUAUUAAACAGUGGACGAGAAUGCCAGCCAUCCCGAAUGGAAGUACUUAGUAUCUUGCUGAAAAACCCUUUCCACCAUUGCCUACCACAUAGCAUACCAGUUCACUUUCUCAACGGCACGUAUCAGGUGGUUGGUUUUGAUGGAUCUUCCACGGUAGAAGAGUUCAUACAGACCAUCAACGCCGAAUCUGGUAUACGAGAUUGCGUACAGUCAGGAUUUGCUCUUUUUACUGACGAUCCCAUCGACAAAAGCUUGGAGUACUGCCUUCAAAACUCUGCCAAGCUCUGUGAUGUCAUAUCGAAAUGGGAACAGGCUUUACGGGAAGGACAUCUGGGAAAGUUCGAAACAACGAAGAUCGUCAAAUUGACUUACAAAAACCGACUUUGCUUUCGUCAGAUGUUAAAGGCAGAAACUGAUAAAGAGAGGCUACUUACUGCAUACCAUGUGAACGAAGAAAUAGUUCAAGGCAGGUUUCCGUUAUCUCUGAACUUAGCCUUAGAACUUGCAGCUCUAAAGGCACAGAUAGAAUUUGGUGACUUUGAUAGUGAAAAAGUUCGGGGGAGUGGAGCCCCCCAUGGAGACUCUGUCCAUCAAUUGAAACAGGUGGCGGAACGAUUUUUUCCACACAGAUACAAGGAAACUAUGACAGAGAAACAACUACAGGAAACUAUCAAAAACAAGUGGGCGACACUGAAAGGCCGAACUGUGCUGGCCAGCAUAAUGAAAACCAAUGAUCAGUUAACAGUGUGGAUAGCAGUUACUGAAGACAGUCUCGUCCUCCUGGACUACGCAACAAUGCAACCUUUUGAACGGUAUCCUUAUUCCUCUGUAUUGACGUUUGGUGGAUGUAAAGAUGACUUCAUGCUGGUUGUUAGUCAACCAGAAACUGGAAAUAACAAGGAAGGUGGCGCUACAGAACGACUGAUUUUUUCAAUGCCUAAACCAAAGAUUUUAGACAUCACUUUGUUGAUAGCUGACUACAUGAAUGCAAUGGGACGCGCCCCCACUGUUCCACCAUCACCCCAAGCUUCUACCCUAGUUCGACUUGAAAGAAUCAGAGCUAAAAUUAGGGCUACUUCAGCCAGAUCAGCAGCUAGCAGGCCCGAACUUACCCUGUGUGACUCGCCAGAUCUCGUAAAGAUGACCACUGAAGUUCAUACACAACAUAGUGAUGGUAAAAAAUGUUGUGCACCUGAAUCCACGUGAUAAUAGAAGCGACGUUAUAUUUUGGAAAUUAUGGAGACGGUGUGCUUCCUGCUUAAAAUUAGGCCAAACGUUCAAUUCAGUGAGAAAUAAAAUAACGUCAUGCAUUUCUACGGUACGACACUUGUGUGUAGAUCAAAGAAAGUAAACUAUAACUCAAUACGCAUCACCCUAUACUAAAGAAAUGACUUGGUGCAAAGUUUAUAAAUAUAUGAUAAUUCUGAAAGAAUUAGAUACCAUUGUACUCUGAAAUGUGCUUUCUAAAUAAGAGUAGUUUUAACUAUUACUUCAACAGGGUGUUUCGUUUGCAUGUUUCCAUGUGGUAAAUAUGAUAAAAAGAAGACGUUAAAGUGGAUAUACAUAACAUGAGCGUCUCAACCCAUGUCACUACUAUAGCAUGCAGUAACUUCACCGUGUGUGAUUGAGUUAACAUGUUUGUUUGUGUAUUGUAAGAGGUAUCUGUAAGUAACAUAUAAUUGUGUAAAUUUAAUUAAUAAGUGUCAAAAGUCUUUGGGAUAUUUCUGCUAACUUUUCACAUUGUCUUGUCCAAACGUGCACAUUUGCCUCCUAGGUAUGACUACUGAAAUGUCAAGGCCGUUUGUUAACUGACCUUCCUGUUUUGAAAUUGGUCAAACUAUUAAAUUACCUAUUAUAAGGUAAGAAGAAAGAGUUUUAGACUAUAUUUUCAAAUUCGUAUGAGUAGAAAGGUUUUUAUUAUAAUUUUUUCAUUAUUUUAAUGACUUUGGCUUUAGCAUUUCCAGAAAAUUACAAUUUAAUUGAACAAAGCAUAGCCUACGUACAACCUAUUCAUUAAAACUUACUAGGCAUUUGAACUUGAUGAUGAGAACAAGGCAAAUGAUGGAAUUCUCUGUCUCCAGUAAUUACAUAAGCUUAAAUAUAAAUUAUAAUAGAGAUUUUCUAUAUUAAGCUUAAAUUUCAUUGUGUUUAUACUGCAUUUUUAUAAAUUUAGCAUAAAAUUUGAGUUUGUACUUAUACAUAAAAAUUUCCAUUACAUAAAUAAAAAAGGAUUUCUUUUACUUGUUCAAAUUAUCAGAAACAGUACAGUUACAAAAAAAAACAUAUCUAUCAUAAGGCUUUGGUAAAAUCCAGUGUGCAAAAUUUAGCUUUUUACUUCUUUAUUGCUUACUGGAUCUGCAUUUAACAGAAAAUAUAAUUAAUUCAAAAUCAUAUUUUAAUUAUCUAGUAACCAAAGCUUUACAUGGUUUCUGGAGGAUAAUUUGGAUUCAUCACUCUUUCUCAUCCUCUGAAACUGGUGAGAUUAAAAUGUUUGUCCAGUUUUUUCAAGACACCUUGCUUAAAAAUUUUUUGUACGCUAGUCUGAGAAAAAAAGACAGAUUUUGAGAAGUCUGUUAAAUGAUAAGAUAAAUUGAAAACAAGCCAGUUCCAAGUGGUGAUUUGUGAAGUAAGUUUUGUUUUAUGUUAUUUAAAAAUAAUUAAAAGAUAAACUGUUAUUUGAAAGAUUGGGGUCAGAACACAAAUUAAAUAGUAUUAUAUGUUAUUUUGAAACGCGUUUUUUUGGAAUAAUUAACUUGUGUUUGUGAUUUUCUCAAGUAAGCAAUAUUUUGAAAUGAGACUCAGAAGACGGCGUGAAACUUGGUAAAAUAAGUGAUAUAAGACUCCAUUCGUUGAAAUUUGGUAAGAAGCAGUAUUUUUAUGUAUUAAUUUUGUUCUUUAACAUAAUCUUUUUAAAUUCGUUUCUACUGUUGUGUACGUUAUAUUAAUUUAAUAGGAUUUUUAAUGUUGUGUAUAUAAGAUUGCAUACUUUAAUGCAACCUAUUUCAACACGUGUAGAAUGUUGUCUGUUUUACUUGAAAAGUUUAAAAAUGGCCUUUAAAAGAUGGGUGUUUUAUCAAUCUCAGGAUAUAUAUAUAUAUAUAUUAGGGUGGUUAUUUUAAGUUUAAUCACAGUGUCUCUGAAACGAGAUUGGCUAUGCUACGUCUUGAUGAAAAAUUUUGUCUUUCGAUAUGAACACAUAUUUUUCACGAAGUUUGGUGCUUGUUUUUAUAUUACAUAUGUAAAAGCGCUUUUUGCUCUCCAUAGCUUUUUAAUUGUUAUAGAUACAUUUGAAAACUGCGUAACGAUUUACAACUCUCCUGCGCUUAUUGUUUAUUCUAGCGAUAUUUAUGCAGAAGAUAAUGUGAGAAUUUGUAAUAUAUAUAUAUAUAUAUUAUGACAUUUUUAACUAGGUAUUGAACUAACAUAAAUUUUAGAUGCUGUUUUUUAACUUAAAGAAAAUUAAACACAAACAUGCAUUGUUGUCUCUGGAGUCAUUUUAAGUUAAAGAAAAUGAAACACAAACAUACAUUAUUGUUUCUGGAGUUAACUUAAAGAAAAUUAAACUCAAACAUACAUUGUUGUUCCUGGAGCCAUUUUAUGUUAAAGAAAAUUAAACAUAAACAUACA